CAACAGAAGCACCAGAGAUUUCAGUAUUUUUGACAUCAUCACCAGUAUUGAUAAUGGGAAUCUCGGUUACUCCAUUAGAAAGGUUGGGCAGGCAAUUCACAUUUUGUCAUUUAAUGGUGUUGGUGGGUAUGCAAGAAUUCGAAAUGCGGAAACAACAAAGGAUCUGUACGUCUUGGCAUUGCACAAGGAAUUCCUUGGUACACUCCACGCAAUGUUUGACGAACCUCAUUGGGCACAAUCGGACAAUCGAACUGUCUUCCUUCCUCAUUCACCAACAAUUGUCACCUGGGGAACACAGAAUGUUUACUACAACAAUCUAGACGCAACCAUAGAGACAGAACAUGGCGAUCAAGAACACGAAAUAACAAUAUUAUCAUCAAAACCACCCGCCGAUCAUGUUCGCCAACAAAUUCAUCAGACAUAUCCACUUCCGUUCGUCUGCAAGAAACAGCUUACGGCGGGCGAAAAAACCUCUGAAGUACACCUUGCUCCCAAAUUGUAUAAUUGGCGUACACGCAUCACCUACUUUCCAGAAUUGAGCUGGCGACCGAUAGAAUUGAAGAAUGGUGGGGCACUCGAGAAUUAUUAUGUAUCCGGUCAUGUACUGUACCUUGGAGAAUUUCCAUGCAAAUAUAUAGCGGAAAGCGUGUGGCUUCACGUUAACAUGAGACACCGAUGUACAAUUUUUGUUAAUGGUCAAUUUGUGGGUGGGCACACAACAUUUUCAAGACAGUUUUUCUUUCCGGGAACGAAAACUGGGCCAGAGAUAUUUACUUCACUAGGCGCGGAAAAGUAUGAUAUCACUCGAUACUUAAAUCUACCAGGAGGCCAGGAAAAGAAUUCGAUCAUAGUUUUUGUAGACAGUUGGGGAUUAAGUAGACAAUCUGUAGUAUUCUGCGAUGCAACAAACCCCAGAGGAAUAAUUUCGGCUAGCAUCAAAGGGUUAGAGCCAGAGACACGUGUAAGAUGGAGUAUUUGCGGGGUGGAUGUACGUAAAUUGGACAUUCCUUAUACAUCCACGGGUAUACCUGAUGAAAAUAAACAAACGGAUUGGGUCGAUCAUAAUUCAGGUAUAGGAUCACACGGCGUACUACCCAGCGAUGGUAUAAGAUGGUGGAAAUUUAAAUUUCGUCACCCGAUAGAUAUUAAAUUUAAAGAUGUUUUAAAAGCACCAUUGAGAUUAGAGAUAUACGGAUCAUUUACAUCUUACGUAUUUUUGAAUGAGACGUUGAUUGGGAGGUAUUACGGAAAUGGUGAUUGUGCACAACAUGAUUUUUAUUUGAUGGACGGACUGUUAAAAUUUGGUGAAGAAGAGAAUGAAGUGAAGAUGAUGGUAUACUCAUGGGAAAUUGUGAAUCCCGAGGAUGUCAAAUUAGAAAUUAAAGGAUGGGAGAUUGAUGAUAUUAAUAAAACAGGAAAUUUGGUUAAACCAAAGAAAGGUGUGUCAGUGGAUGAUGAUAUAGACCUUGAACUAGAGGCGUGGAUUGUCAGAAAAGAGGUGAUUCCCAUUAUCAAUACUGGUGAUGAUGUCAAAAAUACUGAAAUCUCUGGUGCUUCU